AUAUUAAUUAUGAUCAUAGUGUAAGUGGUUAUAGAAGAAUGAAGAUCUUACUGUGUCUUCUUGUUCUUUGUUGCACAUUUGUAACUUGCAAUGGCGUCCGCUGUUUCGAAUGCAAAGACGUGCCAUAUCCACGUGAUUGUUCAAAUGCCGUAACUUGCAGUCAGCAUGAGCAAUGUUCAACAGAGCAGGUUGUUACUUCAAGUGGUAAUAUUGUAUAUAACACCGGGUGUUUGGCCACUGAUAGAUGUUCAACGGCAAAUUCAUUGAUACUUGGUAAGAGAUCAGCAAACAUCAAAGAAAGGACCACUGGUGAUAUAUCGACAUGUAUUGAAUGUUGUUCUGGAGAAUUCUGCAAUAACAAAGGAUGCGGAACUGACACCGUGCCAGUAAAUCAAAGAGGACCAUAUUGCUUCAGUUGCGAUGCGCUAAUCGAUCCGAAAGCUUGCAGCAAAGUAUCUGUUUGUGCUGUAAAUGAGGAAUGUUUGUUGUAUAGCCCUGCUGAAUACAAUGGUCUACCGGAAACAGUUUACAAAAGUCAAUGCGAAAGUAGAGCUGCAUGCGAUGUAAUGACUUCAGCGUUCACAAACACAAAUUGUCCUCCUUCAUGUUGUAAGACUGACUUCUGUAAUGAUAAAUGUGGAACCCCUACAAACAACACUAUGUCUACACCCGUACCUGCAAUCACGCAAGGUCACGUGUCCAAUCAACCAAUCGUCCAAGUGACAACUCAGACACCAGUCAUUGUAACUUCUCAAGGUUCCUGUAAACAAGAUCAUUUAUAUGAUGACAUCACUGGGAUGUGUAUCAAGAUUGAUGAAACCAGGCUGCUUAAUCACGCCGAUGCCAAGAAAGCUUGCGAAGCCAUUGGUGACCAUUUAGUUACCAUAGAUAUGCACGAGAAGACAGUGUUUAUAGAAAAUAUGAUAAUGCGGCAUUCAAAUUUAGAAGCGUCUGAUAGGAAGUACUGUAUAGGAGCAUUCGAUAAACACGACAACAGUGUAUUCUACUGGCCUAACGGACAUCAGGUUUUCUAUACGAACUGGGGAGGUGGUGACGAGGCUGCCCACAAUCGUCAGCCGGAUGAUAGUCACCAUAACCCACAAAAUUGUGUUAUAAUAUACGGACCUGAUUAUUAUCGCUGGCAUGACGACAAGUGUGGAAACAAAUGGCAUUUUAUUUGUGAAGACCGUACUACCCUGAAAGCAAAUAUCGAUCACCACACAGGGGCGACUGACACUGUGACAAAUCCGAAACCUACUCACCAUACUAACACAUUUAAAUGCGACACACAUGACGGUUAUAUGGAUUUGGAAAGAGACGGUACACAUCUAUGUGUGAAAAUUGUGACACAUCAACGGAACUGGGACAGCGCUCGAUCAGAUUGUAAACAUAAUGGUGGUGAUCUUGUUGCGUUGGAUACAAGCGUUAAAGCACGAAUGAUGAGAAUGAAAUUAGUUCACGACGGUCAUUAUAACCAUGAGACUGGUUUUUGGAUAGGAGCAAAGGAUUUCCACCGAACAAACAAAUUCUCUUGGGUUAAUAAUCACCCAGUAACAGAUGGUGACUGGCACAGCGGCCAACCAAACCACAACGACGGGGGACACGACCAGGAGGAGUGUGCUUGCAUGUGGAGUACGAACGAACACUAUCACUGGCAUGAUAAUAACUGUGCUAAAACACUUGGAUACAUAUGUGAACGAAAGUAGAACUGAUAGCACUUACUUUUUGAAAUAACGAUGACUUUUUGCUGUUAAAUUGCAUUGUGUCUUUCAUUUAGACAUAUAUCAAACAAUCACAGAUGCAGUUAAUAAUAAGAAAUAAAACACAUUUAUUAACUAGAA